GAUGGCGGCAGACACUAUGACUAUUAGAGGGCAAAAUCACUGUUUUCUUUCUCAUUAAUGAGCUAUUAUUUAAUCAAAAAUGAGUGCCGAAGGCCAAAACCUUCAAGCCAAAUACCAAAAGCUUGCUUCAGAAUACGCUAAGCUGAGGGCUCAGAAUACCGUCUUGAAGAAAGCAGUGAUUGAAGAACAGGAAAAAACAAAAACCCUUCAGGAAGGUGGCAAGCAAAAAGAUCAAACCAUCAGGAAAUAUGAACAAGAAAUUGAUAGCCUUCAAUUUAGAAAUGAUCAGUUGUCCAAGAGAGUAACAGUUCUUCAGGAUGAGUUAGACAAUUCAGGYAGUAAAACUUGGAAAUCAUGGGGAAGUCCAAAUGUUUCCAGACCAACUCCAGACAAUGAUGUCAUUGAUGAAGAGUUGCAAAUUAAAAUACAGGAAAAUGAAAGACUUCAACGGCAGCUCUUUGAAACUUCACAAGAACAAAAAGCCAUUGUAUCAAGUUUACAAGAAAGGCUCGAAGUUGCUGAAAGAACUGCAUCAACACACCAAAAAGCUGUAGAUGAAGCAGCUGAGACUCACAGAAUGGUUAUUGACAAGCUACAGGAAGACAGAGCAAUGAUGGAGGCUCGGCUUCGUAAGACAGAAGAUGAACUUAGGACAGCAGUAAUGAAUGCCGAAAAAAGUCAGCAAAGACUUGAAAUUAUAAAAAGAGAAAUGAGUGAUAAAUAUGAAAGUGCUGCAAAAAUUAUUGCGGAUAAACUACCAUUCAAUGAUACAUGUGACAAGGAGAUCAAUAUUUUAAAUGUACCAACACACGAUAGAAAACAUCAAGUAAAAUCUAAAGAAUUAAUUGGUUUAGCAGCAGAACUUAUAAAAGAAUUCACAUCAGCAUUGUCAAAUCUUCACACAUACACUGAACAGAGAAUCAAGACUUUCUAUGUGGAAUCUGCUCAACAACAGUUGAGUGCGCAGACCCAAAAGUUUUGUGGUUAUCUCCAUGAAAAUGCUGCAGUUCUUCGAUCUGUGGAGCAUUCUUUUACAGCAUUCUACAAAGAGUUAAAAACUGAUUCACUUAUUACUUUGGAAACUGUYUCUGGACUGAAUGCAUUUGCUGAAUCAUUCCACAAUUAUAUCAAGUACCUAGAAAAACUAUUGCCUUACUAUCGCUUAAGCACUGAGGAAGAAUGCAGCAGUUCACCUUGUUCUACAACUUUAGAAAAUCACAAUAAACAAGUUGUAGCAUCGUUUGCUGGUAUGGUGAGGAUUCUUAGCAAGGUGGAUUCCUAUGUACAAGCCCUGACAUCUGCCAGUUCUGGCAAUGGUCUUUUACCUACAAACUAUAAUGUGUGUUUUAUGCAGCUUACUUGUUUUCUGGAAGAACUGCAUGAAUCUGUAAAAGAGCUGUCCAAGCAUUUUCACUCCAAAAUAACGGUUGAGCAUCAACUGCCRACAACAACACAGACAUUGAAAACAACAGAUGACUGCAUUGUGUCUAGCCUAGUCUUUCUUGUUACAGUGACAGGAAAGAUUGUAAAAUUUAUGAACAACAACUUAGACUUUUUAACAAGCAAGUCAGUGUUAAGGACUAGAGGAGCGUCGACAGCAACAGAGGCAGAUUUGACGACGUCUCCAUUAGUAGUAACAUUCAGACAUCAAGCGGCCAGCUACAUGACUAGAUUAACGAAGCCAAGGCACGAGUCUGUUCCUUACAAUUUGUCUAUCCACAAUCAUCAUGUACUUGCAACGUCAAAAGAAAGCAGCGAUACGCUGUCACAACAAAUAACACACAAUCAAGAGAGACUAGCACAGUUGGAACAAACAAAGGAACACUGGAUGUUGGAAUGUCAACUGCUGCAAGUCAAAUAUGAAAAGGAAUGCAAUAAAGUGAAAUCUCUACAAAUCGACCUCGAAAAAGCCAAGUCACGCCUAUCAGGUGAUGAGAUCAAGGAUGCAUCCAAAGAUCGUGCGCCAUCUUCACCUUCGCAUUCACGAAUAGAACCCGAUUACAAACCAACAGAUCUUGGAGAUGUACUUUUAGAAACAACAACUGAGGUUUCGGACGGCAUGACACGGGAAACUCUCAUCAAGAAUCACUUCACUUCACGAAUUGGUGAUCUUACUACACAGCUCCAAAUAACAGACAGCAAAGCAGCAUCAUUUGCAACAGAAUGUCGUUCACUCUAUAAACGUAUAACACAAACUGACAAGGAACGUCGCGAACUCGCGGCUAAGCUACUGACUGCUAAUAGCAAAGUAAAGCAAGUUGAGGAUGAGCUUGAUGUGACAAAACGUAAUUACGAGACGCAGCUAUCGAUGAUGAGUGAGCAUUUAUGUGGAAUGAACGAAAAACUUACUACGCAGCAAGAUGAAAUAGAAUCGCUCAAAACAAGUGGACGCACGAAAAAAGCUAAGAAAUAAAAUAGACAGAAAUCCUUACGAACAGAAUUUGAAAACAUUAAAAUACCUUUUCUAAAAUGGCAUCAGCUUAUUGAGAUCCUAACCAACUUCAUUUCGUUGACGGUAUUUUUCGCGCCAUUUUUCCAUAAAGAGGUUCUAUUUUGUCAUUAAAACGUUCUAGAAAGUUGACUGAUCCAUGACAUUUUAACUCAACAAUCGCAUGCCCAUUAUAGCAAUAGACCUCUGAAGCUUUUACGUCAUGUACCGUAUACGCAAUACAUUGUAGGAUAUAUUUGGGACAGAACAUGGCGGAUUUCUUUUGUUUUCUCUAGAAACUGAUCCCACAAUGCAUUUAAAAUCAAGUAGUGACGUAAAAGGUUCAGAAGUCUAUUUAUUUCAUGUAGUCGCAACCGCCAUCUUGGUACACUAUGGUACUCAUGUAAGAAAGGUAUAGUGUAAAGUGCAUAUUAAAAUUUACAAUAUAAUUCUCAAAGACAUAUGAUGAAUAAUAGAUAAAUGUUAAA